GCCGUACGCAUUUUAUGGGCUAACCUGUCGAGGAGAAGAACAGGACCAUUGUUAUCAAAGGGUGAGUGGAGUCGAGUGUCAAAGAUGUACAGCAGCACAACACCACAAUGAAUUUACAUGUACAACAUGGUCUAUGGAAUGACAGCUGGCGGAUAUGAUCGAAACACUGGAAGACAGUGGGGAACACAAGUUUUUGUAACAACGGAGUUCAUCCCAGCGGCAUGGGUUCUAAAACGACUGAUGCCUCCAAGUGGGCAACUACUACGGUUUUGUGGCCCUCUUAGGUAGUGCCAGCCGUGGGAACCUUCUCUUGGACGACGACAACGACGACGACGAGGAUGCAGCCAGCACCCAACAGCAGACUCGGACUGGGCAUGCGACCACCGCUGCCAGUCCUACGGGCAGGGGCCGUCCAUCUCAGCACUGGCUCAGCAGCAACAGCAGCAACAAAUGCUACACCAGCCAUUCCACAUCAUGGCGCCACCAACUCAGAAACAGACAACCUUGUUCGUAGGGUCGAUAUCAGGCGGUAUAUCAGACGACGUUCUCAACAGACUACUCGGGGCUUGUGGUCCAAUGAAGGCGUUCAAACGUCUCAUCACUCCAGCCAACAAACCACAGGGCUUCGGAUUCGUCGAAUACGAAGACCCGGACUCGGCAAUAAGGUGCAUCAAUCUGCUCAAUGGCGUCGAACUGCCAGCGCUCGAAGACGGUUGCGCAAGCAAAAAACUGCUGAUCAAAGCCGACGAAAAGACUAAACUUUUCAUGGACGCUUAUUCUGCACAGAAAAUGAAAACAGAUGCUGACGAGGCAAAAGUGCAAGAGGCCCUCCAAAAAAUCACCUCCCUUGUCGAAGAUAUCAACCGCAGCUCACAAGACGCCGCAAAUCGUGGUCUGAUCGACAAAGAGCGCUACGUCAUCCCGCCCCACCUCCAUGACCUCCAGGAGGCAGACCUACCAGAGGGUCAACGCGGCCUCGUCAUCUCCGAGAUUGCCCAAUUCAGAGAACGUGCCGCAAAGAGGGAACGCGAGAAAGUCAGGGAAGUCAGAGAGAGCAUACCGCAUAUACUCUCUUCGACAGCUACGACACCGAGCGGACCCAAGAUGAGGGAAUGGGGCAAGCCACAGCAACAACAGGCAUCCACAUCCCCCGGCGGAAAGAGUCAGCAGCCACAAGGAAAGGGUUCUCAGGGGCCGCCUACUGGCUCGUUGAGCACUGGGCUUAGGACGGAUGAGGAACUCGAAAAGGAGCGGAGGGAAGCCAGGAGACGAGAUGAAGAACUCUCCUUUAAAGACCGAGAGCGUCGAUACGAACCUCGAGAACGAGCUCGUAUUGCAGCCCUCGAACGGACAAUUGCACGACAGAACGCCAUCAAGGAAGCUGAAGAACGUGAUCGGGUAGAAAUGCAAGCACGACUAGACGUCUGGGACGACGACGAGAGUGACGAAGCUGUACUACGUAGACAGGUGCGCCAUUCAGCCCGCUGGCGACAAACCCGGUCACGUCGUCUAGUCGCAGAGGAAGCUGCAGACGGCGAGUCCCGUGCGUACGAAGAACGCGAAGCAGAGAACCUCCGUAUCGAAUCCGAGAAGUUCCUCGCCCGCCAAAUGGAGGAUAUGCAAGCGCUGGCAGAGGAACAGCGCAAAGCGGGGAUGUUGCUUGACGACGGUGCGCCCGUCAAACUCAACGUCUCAUUGCUUGGUCCUGCACCUGUCAACAAACUGGAGCCGCACGCUCAAAAGGAAGUCGUCAAGGGGGCGGCGGCCGUGUUUGGGCAGGAAGAGGAGGAGGAGGAAGGGGGGAUUAAGAAGCGGAAGGUGCCGUUGGUCAAGCUCGACUUCAGUGCUGCGGAAGGCGAGAAGGCCAAGGAGCGCUUGGAGACGAUCAAGCAGUCCGUUCCGCACGAUAAGGAGACGCUAUUCAAGGCCAAAGUCAGAUGGGACGGUCUUACCGACAUGAUGAUCGACAGGAAGUUUGAACCAAUCAUCAAGCACCGGAUGGUUAAGUAUCUGGGUGAACUCGAAGAUGAUGACCUAAUCAUGUUUGUGGUCGAACAUCUCAAGGAUCACAAGGGUCCUCAGAAGCUCGUCGAGGGUCUCGAACCUGUCUUGGAAGAAGAAGCACAGGAAUUCGCGAUCAAUAUCUGGAGGCAAGUCAUCUUUGAGAGCAUGGCUUAUGGAGAAGGUCUUCAAACCGAGCGCAUGACGGUCGAUUAA